AUGGCCACCAGAGACUUUACCAUCAAUGGAGCCGCCCAUACUGGCAUUACCGUCAGCUCACUCUCGCGAGCGCUCGAAUUCUGGGAAGGCCUUCUGGGUAGUGAAGUGCUCUACCGGGUGGUCUGUAUUCCACCAACGUCUAGCCGGAUGUAG